CCUCAGAACAGGGAAUAUCAGAGCUGGGAGAGAGCUUAAAAUGCAGAACAUCAGAACUGAGAAAGACUUUAGAGACUUUCUUAAGCUCAGGAUUCUUUGCUCUUAUCUUUCACGGGCAGCUCAGCCACCUCUUGGUCCACACUGAUUUUCUCCUCCUGGGUGUGUUUCACACCCUUCCUAUCUUUUUUCUUUCUACUGUGUACUGCUCAAAAAUACAAAGUCCCUGAGGCUCUUGGGGGCUUCUUGGGGAUAGUUUUUAGGAAGUGGCAGAGUUAGAAACUCCAUACAGCAAAACCCCAGUCUGAGGACUUCCUCUCUAGGGGGAGGGGAGGGGCCCCAAGAAGUCUAACAUGUUCCACCCAGAGUGACACAUCCCCUGUGUCAGAAGGCAUAGAGGCUACCAUCAGAGGGGACAGGGACGGCCACGUCAAACAGAGGCACAGGAGAAGGCAGAAGCAUCCAGGAGGGGGAUUGCCCUCCUCUCUGGGACCUCAGCAUGAAUUUGUGUCAUCCAGACCCACCAGAACUGAAUCAGAUUGAAACAGAGGAGCUCCAGACAAUCCAGUGGCAUCGGAAACAGCUCCUGGAGGAUAUUCAGAAGCUAAAGGAGGAAAUUGCAGAAGUGUUUGCCCAGAUUGACUGCUUCGAAAAUGCAGAAGAGAGUCGCCAGGUUCAGAAGGAGAAAGAACUAUGCAUCGGCAGGAAGAAAUUCAACAUGGAUCCCGGCAAGGGGAUCCAGUAUCUUAUCGAACACAAGCUUCUCUCCUCCAAUAUAGAGGAAAUCGCCCAGUUUCUAUAUAAAGGAGAGGGGCUCAACAAGACAGCCAUCGGGGACUACCUGGGGGAAAGGGAUCCAUUCAACCUCAAGAUCCUUCAGGCCUUUGUGGACUUGCAUGAGUUCGCCAACCUCCACCUAGUGCAGGCACUGAGACAGUUUUUGUGGAGCUUCAGGCUUCCUGGGGAGGCCCAGAAAAUUGAUCGGAUGAUGGAGAGCUUUGCAGCACGAUACUGUCUCUGCAAUCCUGAUGUCUUUCAGUCCACAGAUACUUGCUAUGUCCUGUCCUUCUCCAUCAUCAUGCUCAACACCAGUUUGCACAACCCCAAUGUCCGGGACAAACCCCCCUUCGAACGAUUCGUGUCCAUGAACCGAGGAAUCAAUAAUGGCAGAGACCUUCCUGAGGAGCUCUUGAAGAAUCUCUUUGACAGCAUUAAGAGUGAGCCCUUCUCCAUCCCAGAGGACGAUGGGAAUGACCUUACUCACACCUUCUUCAAUCCAGACCGGGAAGGCUGGCUCCUCAAACUGGGUGGAAGAGUAAAGACCUGGAAACGCCGUUGGUUCAUCCUGACCGAUAACUGCCUCUACUACUUUGAGUUCACCACGGAUAAGGAGCCCCGAGGCAUUAUCCCAUUGGAGAAUCUCUGUGUCCAAAAGGUGGAUGACCCCAAAAAACCGUUUUGCCUGGAGCUCUAUAACCCCAACUGUAAAGGCCAGAAGAUCAAAGCAUGCAAGACAGACGGGGAUGGGAAGGUUGUGGAAGGGAAGCACCAAUCCUACAAGAUCUCUGCUUCGAGCCCUGAAGAAAGGGAUGAGUGGAUCAAGGCCAUACGGGCCAGCAUCACCAGUGUUCCAUUCUAUGACCUACUCUCUGCUAAAAAAAAGAAGAUCACCAGCAAACAAUGAGCAACCAUUGGGUUGCCAGUUUGUCCUUUGAGGGCUGAGAUGACCUGUGAUUACAGCAGUCUUUGGAAACAACAACCUCACCCUCAUCCUGUGUAGGACCCUCUCCUACCUCAGCCUCGCCAAUCCCACCUUCCCAUAGGCUCCACUGGGGAUGAAAAGAGUAGAAGCAGAAAUGGAAAGAUAAGUGGGAAAUUAAGGGGGAAAAAAACACAGUGUAGUGGGAGUCAGUCUCCCCUUCCUUGGUCUUGGACAUCCUUGGACCAACAAGGCUAUGAUAGAAUCUUGGCCUAGUAAUACUCAUCCAUAUUGGCCUGAAAAGGUUGGUAAAUCCUCUGUACCCCAAUCCCCCCUUCUCUAGUCUAUCUUCUCUUUGGGGGCCUACGGCAAAUAGUGGAGUAGGACUGGGUAAGCAGGGCAAACCCCAAACAGGGUUCUUAGGAGCACUUAGGAAUGGCCAUAAGGUUUUGAGACCAAAAUAUAUAGCAACUGGGACAGAGCAAUCAGAAAGGUGCACUUCAUUGGAUAAUGAGUCCUCUUGGAAGAGCUCCACCUUUAAUGCCAUUUCUGAUAUUUUCUAUCCAAGUGAUGUUGGACAAAUUAAUUGAUCUCCCUAAAUAUAAAUGUCCUCAUAUGUAAAAUGAGGGAGAGGGAUCAAAUAAUUCCUGAAGUCCCUUAUUAGCUUAAGGACUAUAAUCCUAUAUAUGCCUAUGACCACAUGUUUCUGCAUAUAGUCAGGGCUCGGCCCCCACCAUGAUCAACAGCUCCUCACUGAUUUCCCUUCCCCAGCUGAAGGGUCCACAGAAAGACUUGAGAUACACAUCCGGCUCCUCUACCUUUGAGGGGCCUUGCAGCCAAGAUCAAGAAAUAGAAAUGGACAUUCUUAUGUUCCAUCUUGUGUAUCUGAGAUGCAAGAAAAGGAAAAAGAUUGAAGUGGACUACCAGCCUCCCUCUGGAUACAACCAGCAAAAACUGAAGACAAACCAUAGUUCCAGUUUGCAGAAUGGGGACUUUUUUAAAAGGACAGAUCACACUCCACCCUCUGCCUCACAGAGGUAGAUGAGGAAAGCACUUUGGAAACUGUAAGCUGUAAACUGUAAAUUGGUACAGAAAUGUCAGUUCAACUAACAUAGAUUAAAAAGCUAACUUAUGUAAA